CCGAUCCAGGACAACAUGGAGAACUACAGGAAACUGCUGUCCCUUGGUGUGCAACUUGCUGAGGAUGACCGCCGCUCCCACAUGACCCAGGGCCACUCGCUGAGGGCCCCCCGAGACACCUACCCCAGCACCCGCCAAGGCAAGCCCCACAGAGCCUGCAAGGAGCCCGCGACCCGCAGGACCCAGCCAGAGGGGCGGCCAGCACAGCACACACCGCCCAGCCGGGUCUCUCGGCCGCUGCGUAUGUGUGGCCCGGGGAGUAUGCACCUCUGGGGUUUGUUUCCAGGUCUGAUUACUGUGCCAGACACCAAAAGCUCAGCCCAGUGGCUGGAAGUCGGUGAAGAUGAGCCUUCCCGUGAAAUGCUCGUGGAAAACCUUGCCAAGGACACGUCGUGCCGUGGCACCAAGGCGCGAGGGGAGAAGGAGCUACCGGAGCGGCUUCAGAGGCUCCCUAGAAUGUUGGGUGACAGCUGCAAGGAUGUGUCAUGUAGCAAGAGGGGUUCAGCAGCCCCAGGGAGGGGUCAAGAAGGGUCUGUGGUCAGGCGAGGCUUCAGGUUGUCCUCCAACCUGGUAUCCAAGAAGAAAGGCCAGCAGAAGAAGAAGCGCUGUCCUGUCAGUGCAGAUGGGCAGGAGGCCACUGAUGGCCGCAGAGGCUGUGUCAGGAAGAAGCCCUCCAAGUGUGGUGCUGGGGUGAGGAAAGCCAGGAGUGGGAGCAACCCAGGCAGCCCUGGCAGAGCCUCCGCCUCGGAGGAGCGCCAGCCCAAGGACAGGGGGACUGUGCUGUAUGUGUGUGAUCAGUGCGGGGGCUCGUUCGAGGCCAUCUCCAGAUUCGUGAAUCACCAAAUCAUGCACAGCAAGGAGGAACUUCUUAAGGACAGUGAGGCCUCCACUGGCGGUGUGCCUGACGGCGAGGUGCAGAAUAGCGGCGGGCAGCGCCUGGAGUGUGAGCAGUGUGGGGAAGCCUUCCAGACGACCUCUGCGCUGGCGGAGCACCGCACGGCCCACGACCACGAGCAUCUUGCAGGGUGGGUGGGGCGGGCCGACGGGGAGGCCGAGAUGCCUAGCCCGACCUUCAGCGAGCUUCAGAAGAUGUACGGCAAGGACAAGUUCUAUGAGUGCAGGCUGUGUGAGGAGACCUUCCUUCACAGCUCCGCGCUGGCGGAGCACCAGGAAGCCCACAGCAGGGACGGAACUGGUAAGCGCCCGCGAGAACCCGAUCCCUGGCCUGUGGUGGCUGACCACCGCUCGGCCAUCCGCGUGUUCCACAAGGUGCGCGUCCGGGAGAAGCUUCAUCGGUGUGAGGAGUGCCAGCAGCUUUUCCUCCGCAAGUCCUCCCUGAAGGAGCACCAGAAAACACACACGACACCAAGGCGGCUUAAGAGUGCGAUGAAGGUAUCUGAGGGAAGCUCUGCCCCCAGCCAGUUGCUGGGAGUGCGGCAGAAAAUCUGGGUCACAGAGACGGUCUUGGACUGCACGGCGGGCGGGGAUGCCUUGAUACAAAGCCCGGACCUCAGCGAGCGCCAGGAAACCCAUUCUCCAAAGAACUUUGCAGGCGAGGGUUACAAGAAACCUGUCAUUUACAGGCUGCCCAUCCCCGAAUCUCAGAAGAGCCAUACCCUUGCCAGGCCCCCUGAAAAUGAAGACGAGAAGGCAUUCCCUGUCAGCACCAACCCCAGUGAAGACCAGGAGUUGCCCAUGGCAGGGGGGAAACCAAUUGAGAAGCUGGGUGUUCACAGCCUGGCCUCUGCUGCUGACACUCAGAAGUACGGUGGCACAGUGGAGCUCAGGAAACCAAAGCCAGUGCCAGAGUCUCCCGUUCAGAGCGCCCCGGUUCUUAAUCAUCAGGUUGGCUGUUCCCAAGGGGACACCUGGGAAGGAAGAGGUCCCAAGAGGCCCAGUCCACCUAGCCUGCCUGUGCCUCCACCUCUGAAGCGUCACAGAAGGAGCGAAGACGUUGAGCGUGGUGAGGAGAGAGAAAUCUCUAUUUGUGUCUCAGGCCUGAAUAAGUGGCUCGGGAUUUGCACCAGGAGGAAGCCCUGUGAAGCGGGUGAGGGGAACAACUACCAGGACCACGUUAUUCAGGGUGCACCCCACGCUGAGCCUCAGAGGAGUCUUGCUGGAGGGGGAGCUGGUGAGUUGAAGCAAGAUGGCAGAUCUAGUGGCUCCAGCUCAGAUGUCUGUGCACACCAGGAGGCUGAAGCUCAGAAGAAAUGCCCCGAGCCUGGGAGGAAGGCGGCCCCCAUGAUUCAUUUGCUGCUGCUCAGGAGGCUGCCCAUGGCUCGCCCUGGAGAGAAGAGCUGUGCCCCUCGGGAUCUCAGAGAGUUCUUUGCUCGUGGCUCCUGCCUCAUUAAACCCCAGAAGAGCCACUGCGGAGAGAAGCCCCCUGAAAGCAGAGAUUGUGAGCAGUCUGUCACUUGCAGCACACCCCCUGCGGAGCUGCAGGCAAGCUGCGCCCAGCUCUCGGGUGCCGAGGAGCAGCCCUGCUGCAAACCCGCCGAGCCUGGGCAGUGCCCUGCCGCCGGCAGCAGCUGUGGUGCCCUGCAGACAGCGGAUGCCCAGGAGAAUCUGGGUGGCCAGGAGCCCUGGGGUCAAGGGGCUGCCGAGGACACUGCUGCUCAGGCCCCAGAGUCGGGCGAGCCACAACAGGGUGGCCCCGAGGGCCCAGUCUGUGGGUGUCAGGACUGUGGACUGGGUUGUGCAGGCCUCUCCGCUCUCACAGGCUGCCAGGAUGUCUGCCGCAGGAAGCAGCUCGGUGCCCACCAGGAGCGCGCACCGCCGGAAGGCCUUGUGCAUGCAGUCAGUGAGGAUGCAAAAGUGGAGAGUGGAGAGCGACUCUCCGAGCCCCUGCCGUGUGGUCAGCCUUUUGUUCACAGCUCCUCCCCCCACAAGCACCGGCAAACCCACGAGCCAGACAAGGUGUGUUCCACGAAAGGAUCUGGUGACAGCACCGUCUCCCUCUCGCCCGUGAUCCCGCAGAGGAACCGGGCCGCCAAGAGGAACCCUGCUGUCGCAGGUGCAGCCACUCAGUGCCACCAUUGUGGACAAGGGUUCAGCCACAGUCCCACCCUGAAUGUGCACAUGCCACCUGGCAGGGACGGGGACACAGAGCUGCUGCAGGGGGCUGAUGGGACUGAGGGUGUUUUCAGUCCAGGCUGUACCCUCCCUGAGCUUCCUGGACAUGAGGACGGAGAGAAAUGCUUCGAGCGUCCUGUGUGUGAAGAGUGCUUCCUCACUGCUGAGGAACGUGGCCACCGUGCCGGGCUUCCUGGAGAGGAGCCCUGUGAGUGCUUGCCCUCGUGCACGCACACCUCGCCGCCCACCGAGCCCCUCAGGCAACCUGCGCCAUCCUUCGCCUGCAAGGAUUGUGUGCAGCUCUUUGUUCCUGAUUCAGACUCCACCAGCCACUUUUCUGAAGGAGGAGAAGGCGCCACCGCCCAGGAGGGCCAAGCUGAUGUCCUAGGUCCACCAGAAGCUCUGCAGGUGCCGGAGUCAAACGGAGAGGCUGCCAAAGCAGAUACAGGAGCUGCAGGGCCCAGAGAGGCUGAGGGACCAGAUGGAGAAGCUGCUGAGCCCAGCNGGGAGGCUGAGGCCCUGUGGCCUCCAGGGGAGGCUGAUAAACUGGAAUGGACAGGGAUGGAAGAUCCAGAACAAAGUGCUCCAGAGCCAGGAGGCAGCAUGAAAGAUCCAAUAGGGGGCACCAACGAGCCCACAGCAGGGAUAGAAGACUUCAAAGUAGAAGAUGGUGGUGUGGAUGGUAUAGAGGUCCCGCUGGAAGGACAGGACUACAGCUGCCAUGAUUGCUCCGGAACCUUGGCCUCUAGUGCAGCCUUUGGUGGGCACCUGCACACCCAUGCCACUAUGGGCAUCCUGGAACCAGAGAAUGCCUUGGGCCAGUGCUAAGGCUUCCCGGAGCAUGUGGGUGCCAGCAGGCUGGUGAGAAAUACUCCAGGUGCGAGGUCUGUGGCCAGCUCUUCAGAGGCCUCCUGUCCCUCGCUAGACAUCAGCUGACUCACAGUGACCAAUGCAGAGGUGGGCAAGCCUUCGCCUAGAGCUGGCCUUCAGGAAAGCCCAGCGAGGUUUCUCCAACCUGGGAGAACACGGGUAAGAAAUGCACUCGGCAUGGGACCGCACAUGCCCAGUGUGGAGACCCCUUCAGUCCUUGCUCCAGGCCACCGUGGCUGCAGGAGAGCUGUAGCAUGCACGUCCCCUUGCUCUCUACGCGGAACAGGGGACCCUGUGAAUAUUCCAGCCCCCAGAGACCACCCAGUCCACUGUAAGCAGUGUUUCCUGCCACGUAGAGACAGGCAGGUCACAGCCGGGCAGACUUGGACUUAGCGAUACGCGGUUCCUGUUUACUCGGCGGAGGUACCUCCCCUGGUACUCGGACUCUUUUUUCAUUUUUGGAGGAGGAGAGAGCAACAAACUUAUAAAUCUUUGUGUCUUAGAUCCUCAGAAAGGUUUAUUGUGCAUUAUUUGAACCCCGUCAGUAUCUUUUUUACUGGUGUUUUAUUCCUUAUUCUCAGUCUUGUGAAGCUGUAGAUAGGAAAGAUAACUUGUCUUUUAUUCUUUGCUGUUUGAAAAGGCACAUAAUUUUAGCUUUCUCCUGCAGCCAUUUUGUCUGUACCAAGGCCUCGGGACCUAAUGCUUUUGUGUAAUCCUUUAUAAUCUGUGGAUUGGCUUUUGUGACCCAAAUCAACCCAUUGCCACAUUGUCUAUGCCUAUGGUGGUUCUCAAGCAGAAAUACCGCGCAGUCUGGGAUAUUUUGAAAGUUUCUUCUUUUAAGUAAGUCAGUGUGUGUUCACGUGUGAAUUUGUAAAACCUGAAGCUUUUCCCUGUGUGUUCUAUGCCUUUGCCUUUAAAGAAUGGGUGCAGCCAUCACUAGACCGGGGUUUUGCCUGUGGAGGUGGUUGAGCAUCAGUAGAGACUGUCUUGCUGUAAAUACGGAAGCCAGCUGGUAACCCUUCGUCACUUCCACCUGUGCUUCCCGCCUUAAGAGACGAGCCGCAGCGCGGCUCCCUGGGUGGCCAGGAGCUCCUGUUCUUAAAUCUUUCCAUUGCUAAACAUAAUGUACCUGUCACACUUUAACCCCAUAUCUCUUAUAUUAAAAAAAAAAAAAAAUUCAGG